CCUUGGAGGCCAUUAGCGCAAACUGACAGUCCAUUUGUUGUAUAUUAAAAUGUGAGUUGCCGAAAAUGUUAUAAAAGGAACGUGUUUUUGUAUUAAUAUUGUGUUGAAGCUGUUCCGUUUGUGUAAAAGAAUCAAACAAUAAUGUAUAACGGAAUCGGUUUAGCAACGGCCAGAGGCUCUGGCACAAAUGGACAUGUACAGAGGAACUGGGCUCUGGUCAAACCGAGGGAAAAGGAGAAGACCUACAAGACUGAACAGGAUUUGGCCGCGUUAGAUGCGGUAGCCAAUCGACAACCCAACAAGGAAAUCCUGGAUCAUGAGAGAAAAAGGAAGAUCGAACUGAAGUGUGCUGAAUUUGCUGACAUGCUUGAAGAACAAGGAUUUUCCGAAGAGGCAAUCCUCAACAAGGUGAACAAUUACAGGAUAAUGUUGAUGGGGCAGGACGGAAAACUUGACAAACAGGUCGAUCAAUGGGGAAGACCCAGUGUGACUGAAACACAUCAGGUGGCCGAGGCGCAGCAGGAGAAGAAUGCGAGACUGCGCGAGGCGUUCGGCAUCAGCGAGUAUUUCGUAGAAGGCAGCAGCUUUGACCCCGACCGCCAAGCGAAGGAGAAGCUGGCGAAAAGCGAGGCGCUGGCCGAAAAGGAACGCCAGAAGGCACUCGAACAGGAGCGAGAACGGGCGGAUGCAGCCCGCUAUCAGCUAGUGCACACGCCCAGUCCCGAGCCGGAUCGUCGCGCCGCCUCGUCGGAGGGCACCGACAACAACAGGGCGGCUGCGAAAAAGAAAAAACGCAAGCGCAAAGAUAGUUCAUCCAGCGACGAACCGAAGAAAAAGAAGAAAAAAUCGAAGAGUCGCAAAAAGGACAGAUCCGGCAAGUCGAAGGACAAAAAGAAACGGCGUAAGCGACACUCAUCUGUUUCAAGCGACGAUUCGGACAAUUCCGACAGCGAAGACUCGUCCACCGAGGAGGAUCGCAAGAAGAAGAAAUCACGGAAGAAAGAGAAAAAGAAGUCACUCAAGAAGAAGCGUCAUUCAUCCAGUGACAGCGAUAGAGAUAGCUCACCAGAUUCAAAAAAACGCAGUCAAAAGGAUAAGGGAAAGACUGACCGUUCGAAAAAAGACAAAUCAAAACCUAAAGAUAAGGACAAGCGAUCGAUUUCCAAAGCUAGGAACUCUAAGGACGAGGACAGGGUACGUCGCAGGUCACCAUCUCCCGUAGAAAGAGACUCGCGCAAACGUAACGAGGGUCGGAGGAGCAGAUCGCCCAGAAAACGAUCCAGAGAUAGAUCGAAUAGGUACGAUAAAAGCAAGGAUCAUCAGGACAAACGACGCUCCAGAUCCGAAGGCAGACGUAGACAAUCAACCGACUCGCAGGACCACAGGAAGGGAGCAGGCGAUGCCGCAAACAAUACCAGGUCUAAGUCCAAGGAGUACAAAUCGAGAACCAGAGACAGGUCCAAGUCUAGGAUGCCAGACCGUAAACACAGAAGUCGUAGAGAUUCGCGUGUGAAAGAAACCAGAUCUAAGAACGCCGACAGAUCCAGGUCGUACGAUCGAAGGGACAGAUCCAGAUCGCCGCAAAAAUCAAGAAAUGGGCGAUCGAAGGACAAGCGGCGCAGAUCGGCAACGCCAGAAGAGAGUCCGUAUUCGAAGCGUAGGAAGUCCACGUCGCAGGAUCGGAGACAGAAGCGACAUGUGGAAAGGUCGAGGAGCAGAAGUCAUGCAGAUAAACGACGAAGAAAUCCGUCGCCGCCUCCGGUAGAAUCGGUGUCCAAAGAGAGCGAUAGGAAGAAGUCGUCCUCGUAUCGGUCGCGUAGCAGAAGUCACUCGAGAAGUGCGGUAGCGAAGGAGAAACGUUCCCUAACACCCAGGAAUCAGACGAAGGAGAAUUCCGGAAAACCGGAAGAGUCGAAGAAUCACAACAGAUCGCACUCACCACCUUUACCGCCUGUUGACAAAUGGACUGCUUCUUCUAACCGUGAGAACAACAAGGAAACAAAUGAUAAAAAACAACGACGAAGUCCUGAAGUAAGAGAUGACAAAGCCAAGUCUCCAAGGAGAAGGUCGGAGAGUUCAGAGUCUGAAAGGGCGAAGAAAUUAGACGGGAAGUCGUGCAAAAAACCUCAACAGCAGGUUCCUGUGGUGCGUUUGCGCAGAGCGUCGUCAAGUGAGAACGAUACACCUGAGAAAGAGUUUAUGCAAAAGGAUGACGGGAUCGAUGAAAACGACAAGCGACUAUUAAACUUAUUGAAGUCUGGAUUGGCGGCAAAGGCGCGUGAUCACUUGGAGAGGAAGAAGACGGCCGGAAUCACACCGGCCGCUAAUAUAACGGUGGGCUCGGUUAUCGGUCGACCUCUGAUACCCACAUCCGUCGUCACUGUGCCACAACAGAAGAUCCAACCGGACGAUUUCGAUAUUAAGGUGUUGCCGUUGAAGAAGGACGACAAAUUAUCGAAUAAUAAGGUAGACAAGGAUAAUUUCGAUAUUGUGGGCAAAAAGAACGGAAAGGGCGGCACUAGAAGCAGAAGCAGGUCCAAGAGUAAAGAUGGCAAGACUGGUUACAGGAAAAAAUCUAAGUCUAGGUCGAGGAGCUCGUCCAGAUCGAGUGCAAGUCAAUAUCGUCGUCCACGUCGCCGUUAUUAUUAUUAUUACAGCUCGAAACACAGCCAUUCGUCGGACAGCAGUCGCUCACGAAGCCGUUCCAGGUCCAGGUCGAGAUCAAGGUCGAGAUCACGUUCUGGCAGUCGUUCGUCGUUCAGCAGCCGCCGUUCGUCGUCCAGUUCGUCAACGGCGAGUUCACGCAGUCGCUCGCCUUCGAUUCCACGUCGACACGGGUCGCCCAGUUUUUUGGACAGAAGAAGAAUUACCAGUGCGCGUAAGAGACCGAUUCCUUACCACCGUCAGACGCCGUCGUCUCCGUCGUCAGAGAGCAGUUGCAGCGGUGGAAGUCCCUGGUACAGUUGGAAACGAUCAGUUUCGCCGAGAUCAACGAAAUCUCGGUCUCGUUCCCCGGACUGCUCCUCUAAGUCUCCUUAGCAUGACGUUUACAAUUUACUAUUAGAACAAGUGCAAUAAAUCUAAUUAAAUUAAUGUUGAUUGUUGAUCGGACGGUAGAGAUCGUUUCUUUCUCAAUUUUUACCAUCCGGUCCGAGCUAAAACUAAUGGUUGUGUGACUUUAGCAAUACUCUGUUUUGUAAUGAUGGUGAUGUCACACAACGAAGUCUCUCUAUCAGUCUGUUACGAUUGUUUGUGAUGUAUAAAAUUUAAGACCUCUGUAUAUGAUUUCAAUCAAACAAAACUAAAUGUAAAUGGUCUGUGUUAUAGCGAAAUUUGUUGAUGAUGUUCAGGGUAACUCAAACUCAUUUCUCUGGAGAUCGUAGUUAUUUUUUAAGAUGCAAUCUUAGUACAAUUUGGAGAACCUCCACGAGAACCUGAUUUUGCAAUCACAAUCUGUGAGAACAUUCCUGAAUUUAUUAGUAUUGUGCAAUUUGUGCGUUCUCUGCUAUAUUUACUCUAGUCAUUUUUUAAUACUCUGUAAUUGUGUGAUAUUUUUUAUCUCUAUGUAUUUAUUAUAACUUAUUAUUUAUUUAUUUAUUUAUUUAUUGUAGUAAUUUAUUGGUAGAGCAUAUUUUAAAACUGUCUUUUAAUCUCACAAUCAAAUUAAUCUGUUUCAUCACUAAUGUAAUUUUUCUUGAAGAAUGGGAUAUAAUAAAUCAGUUACACGUGA